GACCUUAGAAGUUAUCCAAUCAGGGACGCUGGGCUGGAAACCGUCCAAUCAGGCACGGGGCAGGAGAGGACAGGGCGGCUUCCGGGAUGUGGCGGGGCCUUUGUCUCUGGCUGCAGUUGGAGAUUCGCGUCUCGUUUCCACUCUUCUGUGUCCUCUGCUGCUAGAGGUCCAGCCUCUGUGGCUCUGUGACCUGCAGGUAUUAGGGGAUCCAACAGCUAAGAUGCCAGGACCCCCCGGAAGCCUAGAAAUGGGACCAUUGACAUUUAUGGAUGUGGCCAUAGAAUUCUGUCUGGAGGAGUGGCAAUGCCUGGACACUGCACAGCAAAAUUUAUAUAGGACUGUGAUGUUAGAGAACUACAGAAACCUGGUCUUCCUGGGUAUUGCUGUCUCUAAGCCAGACCUGAUCACCUGUCUAGAGCAAGAAAAAGAGCCUUGGGAGCCUAUGAGGAGACAUGAAAUGGUAGCCAAACCCCCAGUUAUGUGUUCUCAUUUUACCCAAGACUUUUGGCCAGAGAAGCAUAUAAAAGAUCAUUGCCAAAAAGUGACACUGAGAAGAUAUAAAAACUGUGAACAUAAAAAUGUACAUUUAAAAAAAGACCAUAAAAGUGUGGAUAAGUGUAAGGUGCACAGAGGAGGUUAUAAUGGAUUUAACCAAUGUUUGCCAGCUACCCAGAGCAAAAUAUUUCUAUUUGAUAAAUGUGUGAAAGCCUUUCAUAAAUUUUCAAAUUCAAACAGACAUAAGAUAAGCCAUACUGAAAAAAAACUUUUCAAAUGCAAAGAAUGUGGCAAAUCAUUUUGCAUGCUUCCACAUCUAGCUCAACAUAAAAUAAUUCAUACCAGAGUGAAUUUCUGCAAAUGUGAAAAAUGUGGAAAAGCUUUUAACUGCCCUUCAAUCAUCACUAAACACAAGAGAAUUAAUACUGGAGAGAAACCCUACACAUGUGAAGAAUGUGGCAAAGUCUUUAACUGGUCCUCAUGCCUUACUACACAUAAAAAAUUUUAUACUGGAUACAAACUCUACAAAUGUCAGGAAUGUGGCAAAGUUUUUAACAAGUCCUCAAUCCUUACUACCCAUAAGAUAAUUUGCACUGGAGAGAAAUUCUACAAAUGUAAAGAAUGUGCCAAAGCUUUUAACCAAUCCUCAAACCUUACUGAACAUAAGAAAAUUCAUCCUGGAGAGAAACCUUACAAAUGUGAAGAAUGUGGCAAAGCUUUUAACUGGCCCUCAACUCUUACUAAACAUAAGAGAAUUCAUACUGGAGAGAAACCCUACAAAUGUGAAGAAUGUGGCAAAGCCUUUAACCAGUUCUCAAACCUUACUACACAUAAGAGAAUCCAUACUGCAGAGAAAUUCUAUAAAUGUACAGAAUGUGGUGAAGCUUUUAGCCGGUCCUCAAACCUUACUAAACAUAAGAAAAUUCAUACUGAAAAGAAACCCUACAAAUGUGAAGAAUGUGGCAAAGCUUUUAGAUGGUCCUCAAAGCUUACUGAACAUAAGUUAACUCAUACUGGAGAGAAACCCUACAAAUGUGAAGAAUGUGGCAAAGCCUUUAACUGGCCCUCAACCCUUACUAAACAUAACAGAAUUCAUACUGGAGAGAAGCCCUACAAAUGUGAAGUAUGUGGCAAAGCCUUUAACCAGUUCUCAAACCUUACUACACAUAAGAGAAUUCAUACUGCAGAGAAACCCUACAAAUGUGAAGAAUGUGGCAAAGCUUUUAGCCGGUCCUCAAACCUUACUAAGCAUAAGAAAAUUCACAUUGAAAAGAAACCCUACAAAUGUGAAGAAUGUGGCAAAGCUUUUAAGUGGUCCUCAAAGCUUACUGAACAUAAGAUAACUCAUACUGGAGAGAAACCCUACAAAUGUGAAGAAUGCGGCAAAGCUUUUAACCAUUUCUCAAUCCUUACCAAACAUAAGAGGAUUCAUACUGGAGAGAAACCCUACAAGUGUGAAGAAUGUGGCAGAGCUUUUACCCAAUCCUCAAACCUUACUACACAUAAGAAAAUUCAUACUGGAGAGAAAUUCUACAAAUGUGAAGAAUGUGGCAAAGCUUUUACCCAAUCUUCAAACCUUACUACACAUAAAAAAAUUCAUACUGGAGGAAAACCCUACAAAUGUGAAGAAUGUGGCAAAGCUUUUAACCAGUUCUCAACUCUUACUAAACAUAAGAUAAUUCACACUGAGGAGAAACCCUACAAAUGUGAAAAAUGUGGCAAAGCCUUUAAGUGGUCCUCAACCCUUACUAAACAUAAGAUAAUUCAUACUGGAGAGAAACCCUACAAAUGUGAAGAAUGUGGCAAAGCUUUUAAACUGUCCUCAACCCUUUCUACACAUAAGAUUAUUCAUACUGGAGAGAAACCCUACAAAUGUGAAAAAUGUGGCAAAGCUUUUAACCGAUCCUCAAACCUUAUUGAACAUAAGAAAAUUCAUACUGGAGAGCAACCCUACAAAUGUGAAGAAUGUGGCAAAGCAUUUAACUAUUCCUCACACCUUAAUACACAUAAGAGAAUUCAUACUAAAGAGCAACCCUACAAAUGUAAAGAAUGUGGCAAAGCUUUCAACCAAUAUUCAAACCUUACUACCCAUAACAAAAUUCAUACUGGAGAGAAACUCUACAAACCUGAAGAUGUAACAGUGAUUUUGACAACACCUCAAACUUUUUCAAACAUAAAAUAAAUUAUACUGGUGAGAAAUUCUAGAAAUGUAAAGAAUGUGACAAAGGCUUUACAUGGUUGUCACACUUGAUUAUAGAUAAGAUAAUUUAUAUUGGAGUAAACUUCUACAAGUAUGAAGAAUGUGGCAAAACUUUUAAUUAAUGCUCAUACCUUAUUGCACAGGAAAGAAUUUUUACUUGGAAAAAACGUGUAUACACAAAGAAUGUGGAAAAGCCAUUAAUAUGUGCUCAUAUCUUACUCAACAUCAGAGAGUCUGUACUUAAUAAAACCAUUAUAGAUGCAACUAGUGUCAAAAUAUCUUUCAGAAAAUAGAAGCCUUUAAAGUGAAGAAGAUAAUUCAUUCUGAAGACAAACAUUACAAAUAUUAAGAGGGUUGUAGUACCAUUACUUGCAUCGCAGAUCUUAUUGUACACAUUUUGUACUAAAGAAAACCUUGAAGCAGUUGCUCAAAUACUGUUCAACAUCAGAAAAUUUAUAUUAGAAAAAAACCCUGGAAAAUGUAAUAAAUUUGUAAAAACAGUUUUGAAAAACUACAGCUUGUAAAACAUGAGGGUCUAUAAUACUCGGUUGAUAGUACAAAGUUUGUUCAACAUCAGGGAAUUUAUAUUGGAGAAAAACCCUACAAAUGUAAUCAGUUUGGAAAAACAUUUUUUUAAAAACCACAGCAUAGAAAACACCAGAGUGUUCAUAUUAAAAUAUGUUUUCGCAGAUGCAGUAAAAAUGAAAAAAAUUUAAUCCGAAAUUAAGUUUAUGUAAAUAUCUGAGAAUACACAGUAGAAAUAUCUAAGGCACGGACACUUCAGACAUUACACUAAAUCAGUGCUAAGUACAGAAAACAACACUAAAUAAAACUUGGUGGAUAAAUUAUUUGUAUAUAACAUUAAAAGAAGUAGAAGAUUUUCAGAGUUAUUACAAUUAAAGUAUACUUUUAUCUUGAAAAAAUUACUGAUUUUUAAAUUAGUGAAUAAUGAUGUAAUUAAACUCACAUAACUUUAUGCUCUUUUUUCAUUCCUGCUAUAUUCACAUGUGAAAGCAUGUGACCAAUUGUUGCUGCAUCAAAGAUGUGAGAGAUUCUUUUAUUAGGUGGGCAUUAUUUAAAACAUUUUUUAUGGAACAAUAAGGAUAUUAAAGUGUAAGAUGCAGCCAGGCAUGGUGGCUCAUGCCUAUAAUCCCAGCACUUUGGGAGGCUGAAGCCGGUGGAUCACCUGAGGUCAGGAGUUUGAGACCAGCCUGACUAACAUGGUGAAACCCUGUCUUUACUAAAAAUACAAAAAUUUGCCAGGCACCUAUAAUCCCAGCUACUUCAAAGGCUGGAGCAGGAGAAUCACUUGAACCUGGGAAGUGGAGGUCUCAGCCGAAAUCAUACCCUUGCACUCCAACCUGGGCAACAAAAGUCAAACUCCAUCUCAAAAAAAAAAAAAAAAAAAGUAAGAUGCAUGAUGAAAAUAUAACUGGAGAGGCUCUUUGUGGUUAACUUAUAAAGGAGUGAUGCAGGAGGUAGGUUUUCAGAGUAAUAUUCUUCUGCAUUAUAGUGAGAAAACAAGUUUUUUAUUUUAGUUAAAAUUGGUUAAAUUAGGAAGUCAUUUUACUUAUUGUAAUUUUAUGUAAUUAAAUAAAGUACAUUACAUUUUUAAAUUUUUAGAUUACAUGGAAACAUAACUUUUAAAAAAUGUGUUAAGACCAUUGUACAUUCAAUGAAGCAUUAUUAGGCUUCUAACUUUAACCUAUUCCACCUUACUCAAGGGUGUAUGUAAAAGAUAGUAACAGUAUACUAUUUGGUAACAUAAUGGACUAACAUUUCUAGUAAUCUAUUUCACCAGUGGCUUUCAACUGCAAAUAAGUUAAAGAAUAUUUUUCUAUAGGUUAAAUAUUCCUUUUUGUCUUAUUUAAACUUACUGUUUUUAAUUUCUGUGGGUACAUAGUAUGAUUUUAAUUAUUUUAUUCUUUGUGCUAUUCAUAAUUUUUUUUGUUUGUUUUUUUUUUUGUUUUUUUUUUUUUUUUUUGAGACUGAGUCUCACUCUCGCCCAGGCUGGAGUGCAGUGGCACGAUCUCGGCUCAUGGCAAGCUCUGCCUCCCAGGUUCACGCCAUUCUCCUGCCUCAGCCUCCCAGGUAGCUGGGACUACAGGUGCCCAGUACUUGUUUGGGUUUUUCUUUUGGAGACGGAUUCUGGCUCUGUCACCCAGGCUGGAGUACAGUGGCAUGAUCUCGGCUCACUGCAACCUCCACCUCCCCGGUUCAAGUGAUUCUCCUGCCUCAGCCUCCCAAAUAGCUGAGAUUACAGGUGUCCACCAUCACACCAGGCUAAUUUUUGUAUUUUUAGUAGAGACGGAGUUUCACCAUGUUGGCCAGGAUGGUCUCGAUCUUCUGACCUCGUGAUCUGCCUGCCUCGGCCUCUCAGAGUUCUGGAACCACAGGCAUGAGCCACUGCACCUGGCCAAAUGUGUAUAUAUUUAUGCAGUAUAUGACAUGUUUUGAUACAGGCAUAUAACAUGUAUUAGUCACAUCAGGAUAAAUAAAGUAUCCAUUACCUUCAGCAUUUAUCCUUUGUAUUACAAGCCAAUUCUACACUUAAUUAUUUUAAUGUACAAUGAUAUUGUUAUUGGCUACAGGGUCAUUUUAAUUAUAAAAAUUAUAUAGAAGUAUAAAUAAAAUCCAUACAUUCCUGAGUCAUGAA